GCUGCAAUACACUCCCAGUUAGACAGGGUCUUUUCAGGCCUCUGUCAGCUCCACAAUGCCCUGGGGGACGUGAAGGACAUCCAGAACUCCUUGGCAGAAUUUAGCAAUGACUUGAGGCAAAGCAUCAACACCAUUGAGAGCCUGAAGGAUGUAAAAUAUGCUGGGGAUGCAACAGAGUCAGCUUGCUUCAUCCGUGGCGAACCUGAAUAAUAUUUUUUCAGGUAUGUUCAGCUGCACCAUUACAUGCCACUUGAUUGGGAACUAUUAUUGUUGGCUUGCAUUGCAUUUGAUGUGACACUGUACUGUUACAAUGUAUUUGUUUAUUAAUAUUUAUCCUGUCCCCUGUGCAGUGUUUGAGGUGGCAGACACUCCGUUAAUGAUAGAGCAAGCCGAGCUGCUGGAGGAUCACCACAAGCUGAUGAACCUGGAGUGCUCAUCGAAUGACCUCAUGUACGAUCACUACCACAUGGGCAGCAAGAACACGCACAACAUGAACCUCAUUCGAAACUACUUUGUCAAGGUGCAGGGCCUGUCGGAAGACCAGGCCAAGCAACUGUGGAUAGUGCUGCAGCAUGCCAUGGGCAAGGCUGAAGGCCACAGUGAGCAGUGAGGCUGGUGCAUUGCUUCCCAACACAUUACAACACCUUGACAGGUUCUCCCAGCUCUACCACAUCACUGUGUUCAUGAGGGUGCAAGAACUGGCUGCAGAGGGCCUGAUGACCAACAAGGUUGUGUCCCUCCUCACCUGGGUCCUCAAUUAG